ACGCCCCGUUAAAUGACACCAACUCAAUCCCAUGUGUUUAUUUUACUGAACAGCGCUAAUAUAAAAGAGACAAAGACACUGAAGCCGGGGGAGCUUUCUCUGACAAAACUCGCCCACCUGACUUAUUUGAUCUUUGCAUCACUUCCUGCUGCUCGAAAUGUGCUUUACGUCAACUUCAUCUGUAGUCUGAAAAAGAAAAACGUAAAAAAAAACAAAAUUAAAAAAACGGGGAAUAUCACAUGUACUGAAAAGGAAAGCUCCGUUCACUCAAGUUUUAAGAUGGACGUUUAAAAAGAUGGUCGGAUGGUUCGCUAACGUUUUCAGUAAGGUGGAGUCCGGAAGGCUUCAGAAUGAGGAUAGCUCCAUCCAGUCCCAAGGAUUCUUCUUCUUGGACCGGUGUGGUUUUCAGUAGGAAGGAAGCUAUUCCAGUUGUGAUCCCUGUUUUUUAUCUUUCAUGACCCGUGCUUUGUGGAAAACCCAUUUCUGGAAAACUAGAGGUCGUCUCAAGAGAAGACAUCUUCAUAGGGCCUGAGGAGAGAUUUUUCUAGAGCAGUUUAUUCCAGCUUUGCCUUUUGUAAAAUUUUCCAGAUUUUUUUUUCCUGAAAGGAAACCGGGGUGGGGAUAAGGAGAACCACCAACGGCUUCUGUCAUUUAUUUAUUUUUUAUUCUACGUUUUUUUUUUGAGUGCCUUUCCAACUUCCCCUCCCAAAACCAAAUGCUGCUGAAGAUGGUUAGAUGAGACUAAUUCAAUACAUAUAUAUGUAUGUUUUAAAUAUUUUCUUUUUAUUAUAUCGUUCUUAUUUUUAAAUUUCAAAUUCUGUGAACUGCGUGACCAUGCUGUUGUCCAAGGGGAGGUACUUGAUGCUUUUCGUGUGCGUGCAGAUGGUAGUGAUGGCCUUGAUGUAUCGCGAGGGCUACCGAAAACGGGUAGGGUAUUUCCUGGGCAUAUUUCGGAAAGGCGGGACUCCUGCAGCCAUCGCCCAAGGGAACCUCACCCACCCUGGGGACGUGUACGCCAACCUGAGCCUCAUCGUCAAACCCGCCAUGCGCGAGGAAGAUCUGCCAUUCUGCCCGGAGAAAUCGCCCCUGAUCAACGGUCCGUUCAGGGUGACGUUCCCUCCUAUGCUGACCAUGGCCGAGGUGGAACAGAAAAACCCGUUCGUGAGGGCCGGGGGACGGUACAAGCCGCCGGACUGCCAGUCGACUCAUCGCACUGCCAUCAUCAUCCCUCACCGGAACCGAGAGCACCACCUGAAAUACCUCCUCUACUUCCUCCACCCCUUCCUGCAGCGGCAGCAACUCAACUACGGCAUCUACAUCAUCCACCAGGCUGGGAAUUACACAUUUAACCGGGCCAAGCUGCUGAACGUGGGCUUCAAGGAGGCGAUGAAGGACGAGGACUGGAGCUGCAUGUUCUACCACGACGUGGACCUCAUACCGGAGGAUGACCGCAACCUCUACACCUGCGACAAGUACCCCAAGCACGCCUCCAUCGCCAUGGACAAGUUCGGAUACAAGCUGCCUUACAAAACUUAUUUCGGAGGGGUGUCUGCUCUGACCCCAGAGCAGUACAUGAAGAUGAACGGCUUCCCAAACAACUACUGGGGCUGGGGAGGCGAGGACGAUGACAUCGCGAUCAGAGUGGCUCUCAGUGGCAUGCUGAUUUCACGACCCUCAGUACAGGUGGGGCGCUACAAGAUGAUUAAACACGAGCACGAUAAAGGCAAUGAAGAGAACCCCAAACGGUUUAACAUGUUGGCGAAGACAAGGCGCACAUGGAAGCAGGAUGGAAUGAACACGAUGGAGUAUGAGGUGCUGUCUAAGGAGUUCAGACCACUCUACACUAACAUCACUGUGGACAUAGGCUCAGAAAAGGGGUUCCACCCCAAAACGUGAAACCAGCCCCUAGGGCGGCGCCAUACUCUCUCCAACCGCUUGAGGACACAUCUCCUCUCACCUCUCUCUGAUACAAAAAACAAACUCUGUUAUUCCUUGAAACUCUACUGGCACUUUAAUGGAAACACAGUAACUACAGACAAGACUUUUCUUUUUUUUCAUAGUAGAAAAGCCUUUUUUAUUUGUAUUUGUUUUUGGGUUUUUUUUCUAUCACACGGAUGUGCUUUUACCAGAAAUUGUUAGAAUUUUUCUGGAAUGAAUGUUUUUGACUGAUAUUUUAUAUAAAUAUAUAUCAGAUUUCUUGUAAUCACCCACUAUGCCUUAAAUUCUCUCUCUCUCUCUCUCUCUCUCUCUCUCUCUCUCUCUCUCUCUCUCUCUCUCUCUCUCUCUCUCUCUCUCUUUAAAUAGUUGAGAUCUUGUAUUUAAACAAAAAAAGGACGCGCUGGUCUGUGCGAUAUUCCAGAUCUGUCGAAAGCAGGAGACAUUUUCCUUCAUCUUUUUACCGCUAUUCAAUAAACUUUACAACACAAAGUAAAAUUAAUCUUAAUAAAAAAAUAAAAUUA